AUGCAAUGGCUCACGAGCUUUCUCAUCUGGUUCUUUCUUUCUGAGGCACAAGCCUUCGAAAUCCCCACCAGUGGACUCCCAGAAUUUGCAGAAUAUGAAGAUCUUGUGGAACUGGCUCCAGGCAGAUUUCAAUUUGUGCCCGAGAACCGGAGGCAUCAGAGAAGUGUUUCUGGAGAAUCUGGAGAAACCAUGGAAGAUGUUGAUCAAGUAACUCUUUAUAGCUACAAAGUCCAAUCCACUAUUACUUCUCGUAUGGCCAACACCAUGAUCCAGACCAAAGUGGUGAACAACUCCCCACAGCCUCAGGAUGUUGUGUUUGAUGUUCAGAUUCCCAAAGGAGCCUUCAUUUCCAACUUCUCCAUGAGUGUAGAUGGCACUACAUUCACUAGUUCCAUUAAGGAGAAAACCGUGGGUAGAGCCCUCUACUCACAGGCAAGAGCAAAAGACAAAAGCACCGGAUUGGUGAGGAGCAGGGUUCUUGAUAUGGAGAACUUUAAAACCGAAGUGAACAUCCGACCUGGAGCAAAGGUGCAGUUUGAACUUCAUUACCAGGAAGUGAUGUGGAGGAAGCUGGGGUCCUAUGAACACAGGCUUCAUCUGCAUCCAGGACGACUGGCCAAACACUUGGAGGUAGAUGUGUGGAUUAUUGAACCUCAGGGAUUGAAAUUUCUUCAUGUUCCUGACACAUCUGAUGGCCAUUUCGAUGGUGUGCCAGUCAUAUCUAAAAGAGACCAGAAGGCCCAUGUGUCCUUCAAGCCCACAGUAGCACAACAAAGAAAAUGCUCUAACUGCUCUGAGACUGCGGUGGACGGAGAGCUGGUGGUGGUGUAUGACGUGAACAGAGAGGAGAAUGCCGGGAAACUUGAGGUAUUUAAUGGAUAUUUUGUCCACUUUUUUGCUCCUGAAAACAUGGACCCAAUUCCCAAAAACAUCCUCUUUGUCAUUGAUGUCAGCGGCUCAAUGUGGGGAGUAAAAAUGAAACAAACAGUGGAAGCAAUGAAAACCAUAUUGGAUGACCUGAGAACUGAUGACCAAUUCUCUGUGGUUGAUUUCAACCAUAACGUGCGAACCUGGAGAAAUGAUUUGGUCUCAGCUACUACGACACAAGUUGCAGAUGCCAAGAAGUAUAUUGAGAAAAUCCAGCCCAAUGGAGGCACGAAUAUCAACGAGGCUCUCCUGCGGGCCAUCUUCAUUUUGAAUGAAGCCAAUAGCUUGGGACUGCUGGACCCCAACUCCGUCUCUCUGAUCAUUUUGGUUUCUGACGGCGAUCCAACAGUAGGUGAACUAAAGUUGUCAAAAAUUCAGAAAAAUGUAAAGCAGAACAUACGAGACAACAUAUCCUUGUUCAGUUUGGGGAUAGGGUUUGAUGUUGAUUAUGAUUUUCUGAAGAGACUGUCCAAUGACAACCGAGGAAUUGCUCAAAGGAUUUAUGGAAACCAGGACACAUCUUUACAGCUCAAGAAAUUCUACAACCAGGUCUCUACUCCAUUGCUCCGGAAUGUUCAGUUCAACUAUCCCCAUACGUCAGUCACGGAUGUCACUCAAAACAGUUUCCAUAACUAUUUUGGAGGCUCAGAGAUUGUGGUGGCAGGAAAAUUUGACCCUGAAAAAUCAGAGCAAUUACAGAGCAUUAUCACAGCAACUUCGGCCAGCACAGAGUUAGUCUUGGAGACCCUGGCCCAAAUGGAUGACUUGGAGGAUUUUCUAUCAAAAGACAAGCAUGCAGAUCCUGAUUUCACCAGGAAAUUGUGGGCCUAUCUGACAAUCAACCAACUCCUGGCUGAGCGAAGCCUGGCUCCUACCGCUGCUAUCAAAAGGAAAAUUACAAAAACAAUCUUGCAGAUGUCACUGGAACAUCACAUAGUGACCCCACUCACGGCCAUGGUGAUUGAGAAUGAAGACGGGAAUGAGCGCAUGCUGGCCGACUCCCCUCCACAAGACCAUUCUUGCUGCUCAGGUGCCCUGUAUUAUGGCAGCAAAGUUGCUCCAAGUUCACUCCCAUCUUGGGUCCACCCGUCACCAACGCCAAGGAUCCCAAUGCCUGUGAAAGGAGCUUCUGUACUUGAGAGCACUCCUCCUCCGCAUGUGAUGAGAGUUGAAAAUGACCCACACUUCAUCAUUUACCUACCAAAAAGCCAAAAGAAUAUUUGCUUCAAUAUUGACUCAGAACCUGGAAAAAUCCUCAACCUUGUUUCUGAUCCAGAAUCAGGGAUUUUGGUCAAUGGACAACUCAUUGGUGCCAAGAAGCCCAAGAAUAAGAAACUAAGCACCUAUUUUGGAAAACUGGGAUUUUAUUUCCAACAUGAAGAUGUGAAAAUAGAAGUUAGCACUGAGACCAUCACCUUGAGCCAGGGCACCCGUACGUCGUUCUUAUCCUGGUCUGACACAGCUCAGGUCAUUAAUCAGAGGGUGCUGGUCUCGGUGAAGAAAGAGAAAACUGUGACGAUUACCCUGGAUAAGGAGAUGUCGUUCUCUGUGUUACUUCAUCGUGUUUGGAAGAAGCAUCCAAUCAAUGUAGACUUUUUGGGGAUCUACAUUCCCUCCACAAACAAGUUUUCACCUAAAGCACAUGGACUAAUAGGCCAGUUCAUGCAUGAGCCGAAGAUACACAUCUUCAAUGAGCGACCUGGGAAGAACCCCGAGAAGCCAGAGGCGAACAUGGAGGUGAAAGGGCAUAAGCUGGUUGUCACAAGAGGCCUGCAGAAAGAUUACCGAACAGAUAGAGUAUUUGGAACAGAUGUUCCCUGUUGGUUUGUACACAACAGUGGGAAGGGUUUCAUCGAUGGACACUACAAGGAUUACUUUGUGCCUCAGCUCUAUAGCUUCCUCCAAUGGCCUUAA